AUGAGGUUGGCAUCGCUACUGCUGGGCUGCUCGUCGGCCCUACUGGCCGCGGGCUGCGGCAGCCACGGCGAUGACGGCAAGGAGUGGACCAAGGCCGAGCUGGACGAGUUGGAGGCGAAAUGGGGUUUCGAGGUUGGGAGAGCGACUUGGGUUCACCGGCAUGUAGGAUUUACGGGUAUUGGCGCCUUCGCCCACCUCAAGCAUGCAAAGUGUCUGACGACGCCGUCCGAACUGUACGACAUCGCAAUCAUUGGCGCCCCCUUUGACACGGCCGUCAGUUACAGGCCAGGCGCCCGCUUCGGGCCCCGCGCCAUUCGCCAGGCCUCGAGCAGGCAGACGUCGUUCCGCGGCUUUAACCCACGCGCCAGCAUCAACCCGUACGCCAACUGGGCGACGAUCCUCGACUGCGGCGACAUCCCCGUAACGCCCAUGGACAACGUCGUCGCCCUCGAGCAGAUGUCGGCGGCGUUCAAGGAGCUUGGCGCGCGGCGGCCCGUGUCGUCAUCGCUGAGUCGGCCCAAGCUGAUCACGCUGGGGGGCGACCACAGCCUGGCGCUGCCGGCACUGAGAGCGUUGAAGGAGGCCUACGGGGCGCCGCUUCGCGUGCUGCAUUUCGACGCUCACCUGGACACCUGGCACCCGGCCAAGUACCCGUCGUACUGGACCUCGACACAGUUCAACCACGGCUCCAUGUUCUGGAUGGCCGGAAACGAGGGCCUGCUGUCCAACGCGUCGUCGCAGCCGUCGGUGCACGCGGGCCUGCGCACGCGGCUCUCGGGCACCGACUUCGCCGACCACGAGGACGACACGGCGCAGAACUGGGUGCGCAUCGCCGCCGACGACAUUGACGAGAUUGGCACGGCGGGCGUGGUACGAUCCAUCAUGGAGACCCUCGGCACCGAGGACCUGGUGUACCUGUCCGUGGAUAUCGACGUGCUGGACCCGGCCUUCGCGCCCGGCACCGGCACACCCGAGCCCGGCGGCUGGACGACGCGCGAGCUGAUCCGCAUCCUGCGGGGCAUCGAGGGGCUCAACCUGGUCGGCGCAGACGUGGUGGAGGUGUCGCCGGCGUACCAGAACGCCGGUGAGGAGACGGCGCUGGCGGCGGCGCAGGUCGUGUACGAGAUCCUCAGCUCAAUGGUGAAGAAGGGGCUCGAGGGGAUGGGCAAGGAGGGUAAGGCUGCUGCUGCUACUACUCCUGUAGAUGGGGAGAAGGACGAGCUGUGA